AUGCCGUUGUCUUCUUCGCAUCAGUCAUCAGCAGCCGUCAUUGACGCUAUCUUCAUCCCAGACUUCGUCGACACUCGCAAACUAACGCAGGUCGACACCACCACCAAGAAGACAUACAACCUCUUUGACAGAAAAGAAAUCAGAGAGACAGGCGAAGAGGUGAUGGUCAUCGUCACAGUCAACGACGACAAUGUCCUUAAAAACAGAUCUAGAGACCUGGCGAGAGGAGGAAUGCCUAAAACAUCAGAUCUGCCAUCGAACUUCAGGCGACAGAUCAGAGAGACAAAGGAGAAGAUGAGCUGGUCUUCGAUGUCAUAG